CUAUAUUUUAUCUGUUUUUGUUCUCUCGCUGAAUAAGCCUCACGCCCAUAUUCGUGACCCUAGGGAAACAAAAGGCUUUUUCAUUGACGAGCGAUCGCCGCUCAAUUCUCGCCUACUUCCACUGCAUAAUGAAAACCACACUAGGUUCAGAACCAAUCGCUGGCGAGCUUCACUCGCAAGAGCCAAUCGUUGAGCUAUGAGACUGGUUUCAGAGGGCGGUUUCUGACACAUGAAUGCAGGUUGCAAUCCUGAAACCGGGCGGGUGUAGUCUCUCUUUAGAAUGAGCCUCUCCUCAGUUUUAUAUUGGGCAGUGAGUGACACAUUUCAAUGCGGGCUUGUCACCGCCUUGCCAAAGCUCCCACUGGAAUAUAUUCUUCCUUCCUCUUAAACCCAUAAAACACAGCUGUGAUCAAGGAGAACUGGCUUACUGAAGGACAAGAGUUGGGACGCUGAGAAGAAAAAGUUUAGGGACAGUUUUAUUUGGUCCGUUCUUCAUUUGUUUGCCCCUGUGGGGCAGCAUUCUGAUCAUUUUGUUUAUUCUUUUGUUUGUGCCUAGAGUGGCUGUAUAAGAGAGUCAAAGGAUAGACAACAGUUUAUUAGUUGUCUGAAGAUAAAGACAAGAUGUUGUCGGAGGUGGUUUCAAACGUCUUGAAGUUCAAUGACUACCUUCUGGAAAGAACAGAUCCCAGAGUUCGGGAUUAUCCUCUAAUGCAGAGUCCCAUUCAGAUGACGCUCAUCUUGCUGGGAUAUGUGUUCUUCGUUUUAUAUGCAGGACCGCGAUUCAUGGCUAAUCGCAAACCCCUCCGCCUCAACACAGCCAUGGUUUUCUACAAUUUCUUUAUGGUUGCCUAUAAUGCCUACGUUGUUUAUGAGCUCUUGAUGUCUGGCUGGGCCACAACAUACACUUGGAGAUGUGACCUCUGUGACCCCUCCAGCACCCCUCAAGCUCUCCGAAUGGUUCGAGCUGCCUGGUUGUUCUAUUUUUCAAAAUAUGUUGAGCUGCUUGACACGGCGUUCUUUGUGUUGAGAAAGAAGCAGAGUCAGGUGACGUUCCUGCAUGUAUUCCAUCAUUCUAUCUUGCCCUGGACUUGGUGGUGGGGCAUCACUCUCACACCUGCUGGUGGAAUGGGUUCCUUCCACGCUUUGGUUAACACGUGUGUCCACGUCAUCAUGUACACAUACUACGGUUUGUCAGCUGCAGGACCACGUUUCCAGAAGUAUCUGUGGUGGAAAAAGUACAUGACUGCUAUUCAGCUGAUUCAGUUUGUGCUGGUGUCUGUCCAUAUCUCUCAGUAUUACUUCAUGGAAAAGUGUGAAUACCAGGUGCCCAUGUUCAUUCAUCUCAUCUGGAUCUACGGCAUGUUUUUCUUCGUCCUUUUCUCCAACUUCUGGAUCCAGACCUAUGUAAAGCGCAAGCGGCUACCUGUUAGCAAUGAAGACAAACCCAAACAGAAUGGCAUUACCACUGUUAUUGAGCCAGUGUUAGUAGCCAACGGUAAACAUUUGGAAAAUGGCAAUGUCCUCUACAGUAAUGGAUUUGCUCACAAUGGGAAAGUGAAGGAGGUCUGAAGGAACCAGUGAAAAUAAAGCAUACAUGACUUCACUGGAGCGUCACACUAGUCCAGAGACCAUUGUUAUUAUUGUUUUCUUUGUCAAAUGUCAUUUUUUAUGAAUGCACGGGAGAUGAAACAGCAGAUUGGAUCUGACGGUGGGUCCCCCUUUCCUUUGUAUUUAUUGAUGUUGGAGCCUCAGGCUGGGGAGCACUAUGCAUGAAGAGAAUUUGUCCGCUAAAAUCGUCCGUGUUGAUGUCGCUCUGAAACCCGACACUAAAUCCAGAUCACCUCGGCUUUUGCUGGCAUGACUCUCCCGGUUGUUUGCACAGUGUACAGUUCUCACAGAUCUAACCCAAACUUGAGUGUAAAUAAAUAUUUCCCUGCAGUUUAUUGGAUAUGUAUGAGUUGUCCAUUUUUUUUUUACUCUUGAUAACUUAUCAGUUAAUAAAAGCUUUUUAUAAGAACCUG